UUCCAUUGCAGAAACAAGCUUCUAUAUAAUUGUGCUAUAUAAACUCAAAACUGCAAGGAAAAUAGUCAGAAUUCGGACUUUAUGUCUCGCAAUUGUGACUUUUUAUCAGAAUUCUGAGAUUACAUCUCACAAUUCUGACUUUUUUUCUUAGAAAUGCCAAAUAUGAAAACCGGAAUUGUGAGUAAAAAAGUCAGAAUAGUGGGGUAAAAAGUAGAGAUUAUCUUUUUCAUUUUUUUAUCCUGUGGUGGAAUCAAGCUCCGUAGGGUGGUAAAACUACGUAAAUUCUGAGAAAAUCUCUGAGAGAAUCAUCUAUUUGCAUAUUGGUACCUCAUACAAUGAAAUGAAAUAUUGUGUAUUUAUCAGUCCAUAAUAUUUAAUAUUUAUUUAAAACCCAUUUGUCAGCCACGUAUUGGCAAACGGAAAUAGCAUGUGAUUGUAGUGACACAAUGCAUUCAAAGUGAUUUUUGCUGACACAUUGAAUAUGACAACAUAACGUACCGUCAAAGGGUAGAAUUCAUCACAGGAAGUGCUCCUACACUGCUGCGAUUGCACGAACAGGCCUCUCUAUAUAAACUGCACAUACCACUUCAAAUGUAGAGCAGCAAGACUUAAGACUGACAGAAGACAUCAGAAAAAAAAACAAAAACAGGUCAAAUGAAUGCAACUAUGUCAUCAGCGCUAAACAUCCAGUUCCUCAUGGUGGCUUGUAUGAUGGGGCUCGUUUUAAUAUCAUUUGGAGCUGAGGGGGCACCAUCAAAACAUCCUCAGAAGAAAGCAAACCACAAGUCAUCAGAAGAAUCUCAUGCAUCCUCAUUCCGGUUGAUCUUGGAUCCUGAGUUCAAAUCCUCAGCCAACCCGAUCCAUCCAAUCAACAAUGAUUCCAUCUCUCCAUGGACCUACACGUUUACACACGAUGACAGCCUGUACCCUUCUAGCAUCGCAGAGGCGAAAUGUUCACUGACUGGAUGUUUGCUAGAAGGCGCUGAGGAUUUCCAUUCCAAGCCGAUUUACACCCAAAUCAUGGUCUUGAGGAAAAUUCGAGGAGAAAAGCAGAGCUACUCCUUAAAACUUGAGUACAAAACCAUCGCAGUGGGAUGCACCUGCGUUCGUCCACAUGUACAACAAGUUUAAAAUGUGGAAUCUGAUGGAGUUACAAUACUAUAGAUGUUUGAUCGUUAGUGUUAUUGUAUUACAAAUCCAGAACGUAAGGCUAAAGACUUAUGACUUUAUCAUUUAUUUAUGGUCUCAUAUACAUGUAGGAUAUAUAUUUAUGUUUGUGAUAUUUGAUGGAUUAUAUAUUUGAGAAUUUUUGCAAAUAGAAGAAUUCGAUCUAUCAUCAUCAUGAUUUUUGGAUAAUGAGUUCAACACUUCAUCCGACCUGAUCCAUCAAAUAAUCUAAUUUAUUUAUGUCAUUACAUGUGAUUUCAAAUGCAGGAUAUUUAUUUUCACUGAAUUUUUUUUAUUUUUAUUAUUUUGUACUAACUAUUUAUUUAUUGAUCCAAAUGAGUUUUUAAUGUUAUGAUUGAUGCAAUAAAUAAG